CGAGUAUUUCGCGACGGUCCCUCAACUGUCUGAUGAAAUCUCACACUGCAGCGCAGAGACGGACAGACGGAAGCGAAACGACGGCUGAAAUCCCACUGAAGAGGAGAAAAACAAACAGUGUUAACAUUAGGAGGCGAGUUAACGGUGUAAACUUCACAACGAAGUGAAGAAAUCGCUUUGUUUUGAAGGGAUAUUUAAAAUCCACCGUCGCGCGUUUUGUCCAGUAACCGCUAAGCUAGCUUUCCUGCUAAGCUAACCUGCUAGCUUCACCGGCUGAGAGGAGGACGGCUCUCUAACCCAGCCUAACAUGGCGUUUCUUUAUUCUACCGGCCUGGACUGUACUUCACACCGGGAUUUAAAUGUGUUCUCUCUGUAUUCGCUCUCCAGUUCUGUCACCGUCUUCACCAGAAAGAAGUCUAACCAUCAGUCCCAGCAGCGCGCCGGGCUCACGGACGAUGUUUCCGGGGUUCCCUCUGGAGGUGACGCUGCUUGUGAGUUCCAGUCAGAGUAAAGACGAUGUUUCCUGAGUAAACACGAUGUUUCCUGAGUAAACACGAUGUUUCCUGAGUAAACACGAUGUUUCCUGAGUAAACACGAUGUUUCAUAAAAGGACUGAAGUGUUUAAAAUGGAAAGUGUUUAAAUGUGCCCGGGCUGCAGACUCCUACAGCUUGACAGCUGAACCACAGAGAUAUUUAACCCUGCUGCUCAGGUUAUUUUUCAUAUAAUCACUAUUUUUGCACUUUUUUUGAGUUGAUAAAAAAUGUUCAGAAAUAUGAGCAGUGAGGGACAAUUAUCGAGCGGGCAGAGCGCGUCCUCUCCCGCCGGGCACGGAGUCGCCUCCCCCGGCCUCCACAGUCAGGAAAGCUCGUGGAUCGGCCUGCUCUCCGUGGUGUCCAGGCCCGCGAUGUCAUUUCUCCAAAAAUAUCUCCUCGGUCGGCCCCGGAAUCCUGCGCUGCCUGACAGAGGAGCCGGAUGGAUGAGUGGGGACUUUAAAAACAGCUUUGAGGAUGAAGAAAGAGAGUUUUUAAGACAGCUGGACGACAUCAUGCCUCUCACAGAGCACCCGGCUCCUCACCUGACCCCUCACCUGACCUACCUGCGCUGUCAGCACCACGGAGCACCCGGCCUCCUGGAGCCCACAGACAGCGGGUCUCUACCCUGGCUGACCCCUGAUUCUCUGAGGGAAAUGGGUAUUCAAAGUGCAGAAGGAGUGAAUGUCUGCCAGCAGACUCAGGUGGGAUAUUUUUCUUCUGCCAGGACUUUUCUCAGUCAUGUCCGGUUGGGUUUGGUGUCUUCUCAGGAAAUAAACCCUGCAGGUGAAAAGGAGUGGGUGACAGAGGUAGUCAGCUCUUCACUCAAGAGUAAUGGGGGUAAAAGCAGGACAUGGUGGGGCAGCUUUUGGGGAGGUGAGGAGGGCUCACAGGCCCGAGCCGAUGAGAGGAAUGUGACAGGCCUGCUUUGUCCACAACAACCAGCGGCUGAGACAAAUGCCUCUGCUGCAGAAACAACCGCUGCGUUUGUCCAGAGCGACAUCGGGGGAUGGACGCUUGGAGAAAACACCGGACCGACUGACCACAAAGACCAGCCGGCCAACAAUGGAGGCCUUCAAACAGCCCAGAACACAAAGGCAUCCACACCUGACCAGCACCUCAGCAUCAGUGACCACCUGAGCAGAUCAGGAGCUGCCGCCGCCUGCAGUGAGGUGGCAGUUCUGACCCCGGAUCAGGACAAUGGUUACUCCAGUCUGGAAGAGGAACAUGUCCAGAUGUGCCACCUGUACAUGGUGAAACCACCGAGUAAAGAGCUGCUUCAGCAGGACCUCCAAUCCACUGAAACCAGCGCCCCCAUCAAGACGGAGAUGGAGGAGGGGACUGCUGGGGAGGGCGAGUCUGCAUCAGGAAAGGCAGACGAGGAAGAAGGUGCACGAGACAACCAGGAAGUAACGGCUGAGGAGGGUCAGUCUGUGGAGGCGAUGGCGCUCACAAACCCCCAGUGCCAGAACAAGGCCAUCGCCUUCAUCAUGGGCUGCCCCUGCAGUGACGACGACAGCAGCCAGUCAGACAGGGAGUCCAGUGAGGACGAUGAUGAUGAUGGCUUUGACAGUGAGGGCUCGUCUGAUCUGUCCGACUCCUCUGAUGAGGACGAUGAAGACGAUGAUGCAGACUCGGACAGCGAGGCGGACUCUGAAGCGGAGCGGCUGUGGACCUCACUUUGCCAAGGUGCAGACCCAUACAACCCUCGAAACUUCACCGCCCGUCUGCAUACCCGCAGCACCCCACCAAGGACUAUCCCCACCUCCACGCCUCUCUCCUCCACCCAGUCCACCCCGGACUCCUCUCCUGACCUAACCUCGCUCCCUCUCUCCUCCCCUCAGCUCACCUCCUCAUCACCUCCUUCUGGAAACGACACAUGGGACGACUCGACCUCGGCCAGCGAGGUGGAUGAAGCAGAGAGCCUCCGCCUGUUGAGCUCCUUCAGCUGCUCCUCAGAUCCCUACAGCCCCUUUAACUUCCAGGCCACGAUCAGGACUCGAGGUCCCGCUGAGGUAGGGCCUCGUGCGAGAGCCAAGCCCAGAAAGACUUCCCAGACUUCACCUCGCUCCACUCACCACAACCCAACAUCUCCACCUGAGUACAGGAAGGAAGAGGCCGAGGAGAGGCUGGACAGCGGCUUCUCCGAACUCUGCAUCUCCUCCGGCUCCAACAGCAAAAUCAAAAAGGUUCGUUUCUGUGACGAUGUGGAGGAGUUCUUCGCCAGCUGUAGCGAGGAGGAGGAGGACCGUCGGGGCCCCUGGGAGGAACUGGCCCGGGACCGCUGCAGGUUCCUUCGACGCUGUGAGGAGGUGGAGCAAAGCAUCGCCUACUGCCUGCAGCCGCAGCACCGAACCCUGGUGUACCGCCGCCUCGCCAUCCUCUACGUGCAGGACGCAUGAGGACCAACUGUUCUCUGCAUCAGGACGCUUUGAGGACAAAAACCACAAAACCUUUAUGUCCUCACGAUGAGUAAAAGAGAUCCACUUUGUUUGUCUGUGACACAUGAGGACGAUCGACCUGUCCUCUACGUCUGAGAUGAGGACAAUCGACCUGUCCUCUACGUCUGAGAUGAGGACAAUCGACCUGUCCUCUACGUCUGAGAUGCAUGAGGACGAUCGACCUGUCCUCUACGUCUGAGGUGCAUGAGGACGAUCGACCUGUCCUCUACGUCUGAGAUGCAUGAGGGCGAUCGACCUGUCCUCUACGUCUGAGAUGAGGACAAUCGACCUGUCCUCUACGUCUGAGAUGCAUGAGGACGAUCGACCUGUCCUCUACGUCUGAGAUGCAUGAGGACGAUCGACCUGUCCUCUACGUCUGAGGUGCAUGAGGACGAUCGACCUGUCCUCUACGUCUGAGGUGCAUGAGGACGAUCGACCUGUCCUCUACGUCUGAGGUGCAUGAGGACGAUCGACCUGUCCUCUACGUCUGAGGUGCAUGAGGGCGAUUGAGGUUUCCUUUGUAUCUAGUAUGAGGACGAUCUCAUAGUUGAACAUGUCAGCUGAGGAUUUGAGGCUGCACAUGUUUAGAGACACAGAGAGAGAAAGAGCAGAUGGACAGACUGAGAGCUGCUGAACUCUUAACUGACUUGACCUGUUUGUUUUUUUGAGUCCACGCUUGUUUCUGCAGCUUUGUCUUUCUGGACAUACUCGACUUAUCCAACACAAAUCAGGGCGGCUUCAUAACAAACUGUAAAAACACUAACAGGGGUGUGAAGGGCUUAAUCACUGUGAGGAGAGUUUCAGUGGAGACCUCAGUGUUUUUAUUUACAGGGUCAAACAGAUGUCUACAGCUCCUUUAUCAGUUUCAGUGUUUUCCUGACCUCAUCAGUUUGUUCCCCUCACGUCCUCAUCAGUUUGUUCCCCUCACGUCCUCAUCAGUUUCACAUUGUUCCUUUUUUGUGCCAAAGGUUAACGCUGCAGACGCAGGAACACACUGCUGUUUUCACCUCAAAUAAGAACAAGAAAAGCAGAGAGAAACCCACAGUGUCGACACACGACGCAAAUCAAAUGAGUCUAGAUUUCUGUUUGAAUACAUUUCUCUUUAUUUGUGUUUGGAAAGAUAUCAGAUAGACCUUUUGCCUACUCUGGUUUGGUCCACUAACGGAUGAGUCUAAAAUAUGUCCGCUCUGAUUUGACUUAAACUUUGGAUGAAAACAGCAGCUGCUCUUUGUGACACGUUUGAAAUCACUAACCCCCCCCCCCCCCCAAGUUAAAAUCAAGAAAGUACAGAGUUAAAGGAAACCUGAUGAACGAUAUUUGACUUCUUUCAGUAUUUCAUUUCGUUUCCCUGAACAGCUUUCAGUUUUAUCUUCAAGCCAAAGAUCGCUCGCUCGUGUGUGAAUGAGUGAGAAGAGAAGAAGUGUUUUAAAACAGUGAUUUGAAUUUAUGUCCUAAAUGUAGAAAAUGUUCCUCCACCUGCUCGCUCAGAAUGUCACAUGAUCACUGAUGAUCAACAACCAGCUGUGUUCUGAGUCACUGAGAUCUCGUAUGAGCGUCCAGGUUAGUCCAGGAAACUCAGUCAUCGCCAAGACGCUCGUCUUUAAAGCUAUAAAAAGUGUUCCCUCUGUUUCACUUCUCAUGUGUCAACAGUUUGAUUCUUAAUACAAAGCAGCUGCACGACGACUUAAAAUGAGCCGUCCAAUCAGGAGCCAGGUCUGCUCGUCACACUCGGCUGCUUCCUGAUUCCUCUGGAGAUAAAAGACCAAACAGAAAACACAAAAGGUAACAAAUAGAUGACAAACAGGCUCGACGCUCACUGGAACAUGAAUGUGACUUUUGCUUCUUCUUGAUAAACCAGUUAUUUGUUUUUGUGUUGUCAGAAAACAGAGAGAAGCUUCUUAAAUUACUUCAAAUUAAUUUGAAAUAAAAACGUCCACAGAAUAUAAACGUCUUCAAAGUGACGAUCAGCAGAGGAAAUAAAGACGCCGAGCAGCAAAAGACUAAAACAGAAAAAAAAAAAAGUCAAACUGGUUUUUAGGAACCUUUUCUUUGAUCCUACAAAGUAUUUUAUUGUAAGUCAGCAGUCAUGAUGUCACACACUUAGAGUCUAACUAUCGGAGCCUGUCAGGGACAAAAACAACGGCUUUGAAUGGAUCGUCCGAAGAUCACCACGCAGCCCGUCUCACUGCUGCGAGAUGUUCGUAACGAUUCACCACUUAGAUUCUAAACAGUAAAGAAACGACGCCCAGGUUAGAAAACCUCAAAGUUCUCUUUUUCUCAGAACGUCUCAGACUGUCGAGCGGAGGUUCUUUGUGUCAGUGGUUUUAUCUUGAUGUGCUCACAGUGAGUCUCCAUGUGGUCUGAUGGAGACUGAUGUCGUCUGACUGAUAGUUAAAAAUGAAAGUGUGCAAAGAAAAGAUCUUUGGGAAGCCGCUGGAACAGAGCCACUAAAACUUUGUUCAUAUUUUAAUCCAAAAUGCUUUUUAUUUUUCUAACUCAUCUUCUGUCUGGGAGGACGGGCUCGCUCUGCUUCAUCAUUUCCUCACGUCUGAGUUUGACGAUUAAAUAUUAAAUCAAUAUUUAAUGAUCA